GUGCGAAGAAAAAGAAUGCACGAGACUGCAGAACCGCUGCUGCUGAUUGGUCAGGACAACGUCACGUGGCUGUGUUCCUGGGAACGAGCUCCGCGCGAACGCACCUCCCAGCCAGGCGCAUGCGCACAUCCCCACACGUGUGGCAAGAUGGCGACAAACUUUUCCGCGGAGAGACGGAGACUGUGCCAGUUCUCCCCGCCUGCCGCCGACUGUCUGGCCCGGGCCUCGGCGGACGGACGGCUGCAGCUCUGGGACACGGACUCGGGAGCGCUGCGGCAGGAGUACACGCCGUCUGCCCACCUCAGCGCGACAUGCUCCUGCCUGGCGUGGGGACCUCUCCGAGAGGCGCGGAAUGAACAUAAGAAGAGGAAGAGAAAAUCAGAUCAGAUGUCAGCCCUCUCCUCAUUGGACAUCGUCGCCAUGGGAACCACAGCUGGCACCAUCCUCCUGUACAGCGUCGUCAAGGGCGAUCUACAGAGUCAGCUGACUGGAGGCCAUGAUGACAUAGUGAACUGUCUGUGCUGGCGCGCGGAGGAGAACAGCUUGUUCAGCUGCUCAGACGACCAGCACAUCGUGGAGUGGACAGUCACCACAGCACAGGUCAAAUGUAAAUGGAAAGCCGACAGAGGACCAGUCCAAACCAUCAGCCUGGGGCCGGGAGGGAAAACUCUGCUGUCUGCAGCCAGAACCAUCAAACUGUGGGACCUGGAGAAGAGGGAGGUGCUGUUGAGCUUCACGGGCCAUGCCAGCCUGGUGACGUCCCUGCUGUUUGCCACGCUGCCGCCCCCCACUGCCAACGGGAGGAGAAAAAGUGUGACCAAUCAGGAGGCUGCGGUGGACGGGCUGUACUUCCUGUCUGGGGCCACGCACGACAGAUUAAUGAACGCCUGGCAAAUUAAGAUGAAGUCUAAGGAGAAGACGGCGGUUGUGUCCUUCUCCCUGACAGAGGAACCGGUUUACGUGGAUGUCUUGAGACCCAGACAGAAAGACCAGCCUGCACACCUGGCAGUGGUGACCAGAAAUGGGGACCUGCACAUCUUCAAGUUUAUACUGAACGGGAGAGGUAAGAAGCCCCUGACCCCCCAGCACACGAUCCAGGUGGCGACCCAGGGGGGCGAGGCCACCCCCACCCCCCUCCCCAUCAUCGCAGCCCAGUUUUGUCAGGACCUGGACACGACCAUGCGGAUAGCGUAUGGCACCGGACUCAGGCCUGCCUUCGAGAGAAUAAACUGCUCGAGCCUGGAGAAGCACACCUGUCUGAUCAGGGCGGACCCCGGCCGAUCCGCCAUCACCCUGGAGGAGGAUGCUGGGAAGGUGAAGACUCCUGGGAAGGCAAAGGAGGUGACGGUCCUGGCGCCGGGUCACAUGACACACGCCGCUGCGCCGAGCAGCAAGAACAAGAAGAAAUUAACACCUAAAGAUUUGAGUAUCCAGGAGAGACUAGACGUGAUCAGUACCGACCAGGGGCAGACCUCGGGCGGAGACGCCACGCCGCGGGCCGACACGCUGGCCGUGCUCCUGACCCAGGGGCUGCAGAGUGAGGACUCGGACAUACUACAGAGGGUGUUUGCCAGUGCCAAUGAGUCGUUAAUCAGAAACACUGUCCAGAGAAUACCCAUGUCGCUGGUAGUGCCAUUGUUGAAGGAGGUGACCAGAAGAAUGCAUGGGAGAGCCGGCAGCGGGAUGACUGUGCAAUGGCUGAGGGCCGUGUUAGAGACUCACACGUCUUACCUGAUGACUUGCCCAGAUGUGCUAUCCAGCCUGGGAAGCCUGUAUGAACUGCUGGACUCAAGGGUGGCGACCUUCAGCAAACUCUCAAGGUUACAGGGGAAACUGAAGCUGGUGCUGUCUCAGACCUCGGCUAAGGAGGAGCAGCAGUGGCAGUUCUCCUCCAAACCCCUGCUGUCUUACAGAGAUGAAUCCUCAGACGAGCAAGACGAGGCGAUGGAAGACCUCCUGCACGGACACCCCGACUCUGAUGAGGACUGGGAGGAGAUGUCCGACAUGGAGGCUCAGGAGCAGGAUGGAGAACAGCCGGAGGAGGAGGAGGAGGAGGGGAGCAGUGAGGAGGAGGGUUCUCCGGAGGAGGAUGGGUCCAGUGAAGAAAGUGACGAGGAUUGAACUCUCUGCAUCCAGGAUGGCAUAAGUACUCCUGCUGUCAUCUCCAUCCGUAUGAACCCUCAUCAGGCAGAACUUAAGGCUUAGCAAAGGAUAUAGCAAUUUUAAACAGCCUUCUGUUGGUGCCUGUUAGAUAGGCCUUUUCUAUAAUUGCAGUUGGUCUGUAAUUUGCAGACAGCCAAAGAAGGGAACGCUUCUGUCUGAUCCACAUUUCUUCUGAAUUCAGCUGCUUGUAGCUGGCCCCCGAGUUUUAUGUUUUAAAGAAAAAUCCAGUGAAGGAUUUUGCAAACACCAAUGUGUCUUUACUGUCUGCAAGAAUUAAUUCUUUAAGUAUGUCAGCUGUUGUCAGUAUAGCUUAUUUGUAUAGCAAAAGCUUAUACAGAAUUUCCUUUGCAAAAGUCACAGGCCACUCUGUACAGAGAACAAAUUUAGGCAAUGUUGUAUGAGAAAUAUUAUCAGGUCAGUGUCUUCCUUUGCUUUAUACUGUAAUAUUUCUUUUAGCUUCUCUUUUUUCAAUUCUGAACUGUACAACAACGAAGCAACUGCAAAUCAAAGAUGGGGCAAACCACUAGAAAGCUUCUGUAUGCAAAGCAAGAUGCCAAACACAGAAAAAUGUCUAAUUUUCGUAUGUUUUCCUGCUCCAAGCCUGAGAACUGCUUCAGUUGGUGUUCAGGUUGACGAACUAUCGACUUCAUAAGGGGCCAGAGAGAGUGAUGAUUUCUACUAGCUUUUAUAAAUAUGGAAACAGAGAUGUGAAAAGUGAAUGACAUCUGUCAGUCCAGAUUGUACAGUCCUGAACUGGUGGAAUAAAUCAGUCAUGUAUGUACCAGA